CGCGCGGAUAUUGCAACACGAUUCCAUUUCCAUAAUGUUGAAGAUCCAUAACCAUAAGAAAAACAUGCGCACUUUUCUUGAUCAUUAAAACGGAGAAGAAGAUGGAUCCACGACCGUCUAGUAGCUCCUUUUCAGGCGGCGCCCCGCCUGUAGCAGGAGGAGCAGCGUCUGUCGGCGCAGCUAACGAGCAUGUUGGACAACAUCUUCAAGCCGGGCCAGCGGGAACGUCCGCUGCCGCCUCUUCCUCGUCGCAGCCGGGUGCUCCUACCGCCAAUGCAAGUUCUUCUUCAUCAUCAUCUUUCUUACACAACAAUUUCACGCAGCAAAUGAACCUGCGAACUAGUCUGGCCCCCGGCGCGGCAGCAGCUCAACACAUGAUCCGCACAUCGUUCGCACCUCCUGGCAGUACUACGAGCGCAGCCGCUGCGCAGCUGCAAGCAGGAGGCUCGACCACGUCGGGAACACUGAUGUUAAACCAGGGAGCAAGUACUAGAAAUUCGUUUGCCGGCAAUGGUGGUGGUCCGCCAGCGGCUCCUGCGGGCGGUACUAGGAAUUCUGUAGGACAAGAACCUCCUUCACACCAGCAGAACAACCUCCCUACCUCCGAUAAUGACGGCGAUCUGCUGACCAUCCACCAGCGCAAUCUCGCGUCCACCAACGUGCGAUUCUCCACCGCUUCCUCCUGUAUGGGCCCCGGGAGGCCGAGUUUCGUGGAAGACGCGCAGAUUUUCACCCCGCUGCCGGCCUUCAACCAGAGCUCGUCGGCUGCCUCUGCCGCGGAAGGCGGGCCCGCGCACCGAGGUGGACCACCGCCGUCCUCCGCCUCGCGAGGGCUGCAGCAGGGUGGUGCAACCUCUGGACCAACGUCGAUAGUUGUAACCAGCGGGCCCGGGGCAGCUCCCGCCUUUGGAGCAGGGAAAAAUACAAAUGGAACUACAUCAAACGCGGGUAAUAUGUUUUCCAGAAACAAUAAUGGCACGGCCGACCCCGGUACAAGUGGAACUGGCAACAGAAACUACAGAAACAACAACUACCCGAGGACCCAUUCCCCCCUGUUUGGCGGGCAGAACUCGUCCAAUUCAGAGGAACGGCUGCGACUUGCAGCUGGAAAUAGUAGAGACGACCAGAAGUUCGCGGGCGGGUCAUCUUCAUCUUCGGGAUUGCUUAAUAUGCACAACAAGAACUCAAAUUCGGUGUUCCAAGACGACGAGGAUCACCUGGAUAACGACAUGAUGUCUUUCGAAGAGCAACAGGACUGCUUUAUCCUGUGGAAAAACGUCCCCACCCCAGAGUUGUCAUGCAAAUCUGCAUGCUCAAAAUGUUUGUCAUGCGGAGCCCCAUGAGAAGCAUUUUCCAGUCCUGUUUUGGAUUUUAUAAUGCGCCAAUCAGCUUCAGCAUGAUAUACUAGAUCUGUCAUGCUGCUGAAUUACCUCAAAUAGCACUACACUGCGAGUCCAAAUUUGUCAUGCAAAACAGCCAAAACUUGUGGACUUGUCUAGCCGAUUCCACAUCUUCUGGACUACGGGGUGGGCGGGACGCUUUUACAUAGGAUAUGCUCCGCAGACAUGGACGUGCAAGUGGAACAAAUGCGCCGGGGGUCGACAAGCGGAAUGCACGACCAUUGCGCGGGCAUGAUGUCCAGUGUCGAAAAUGAGGAAACCAGCCAGGAACCUUUGAUCGCCAACAGCCUACCGCCCGCGUCGCAAAUCCUCGCGGAACUCGAUGCCGCAGUGGAGGAGCUGCGGGACCGCGGGCUCUACCGCGCGGCGCAGUGGGCUGCGGAGCUCGCGGCGUCCGUCGAGCAGGGCGCAGUGGAGGCGGCAGGGGGGGAGGAGAACUGCAGUUCUGCCUCCUUCUUGUGGGCCGCCGGAGGACCACCAUCUGCCGCGGGGGGAGGCUUUGGGGGUAGCAGUUCGAGUUCUCGUGUCGAUCCGCCGAACGGUUUUGGAAACAAUGCCGGACAGGGGGAUCGUUUUGGAAAUAAUUCCUCCUCGUCCUGCAAACGCGGCCCCAACGUGAAGAUGCACCGACCCGAAGACGAAAGAAGAAUCCAGCGCACGCUGACGGUUGCGCGUUCCCACUUCGAACUCCGGCAGUACCAGCGCGCGCACAGCCUGCUCGCGAACGUAAAGCCGCAGUCGAGAUUGACGGCGAAAGGAGUGUUUCUGAAGUACUACAGCCUUUACCUUAUUGGCGAACAAAGGAAGGAGCAGGAGAUUAACGAAUCGGAGCCGAGCGCGAAGCUGCUGAUCAAAAACAAAGAAUUGGAAACCAUCGAGGAGCAUCUCGGGUUUUUGCUUGCGCCAAGCCAGCCGGUAGUAGGUGAAUCGGCAAGCAAGGCUGGCAUAAACACAAGCAGUACAUCAAGCACACCCCACCCAAGCGAAGACCCGCACUGCCUCUACCUCCGCGGGCUGGUGUUGAAGCAACUGCAGCAAACGCAAAAAGCCCGGGAUAUGGCGUUCUCAGCUGUUACAUUCUCAACUGUUACAUGGAUUUGUGAUGCAAGAGCCGCAGCAGUGAAAGGGACAAGCUUGCAACUCUCGCAUCACAAAUUUGGCACAGUUUUAGGCGCUGUUUAGCCCUUCGUGAAUUUGUCAUGCGACGUAGCUUGACCGUCUGGUGGCUCAUGGUAGUUUUGCAUGACAAAUCAUGUAACGGCUGAGGAUGUAACGUUUGAGAACGCCAUACGGGAAGCUUUUGCGAGCUCGCUGAAAAAGUUCCCGUGGAAUUGGAGCUGCUGGCUGGACUAUCUGCAAACCUGUCUGAGCGAUGAAGAGGAACACCAGGCCGGAGCACCAGCAACGACGGGAGUCCGAGCCGUUUCGAGCUCCGUCUCUGAAGCGGUGCAGAAGAACACUUCCUGGGUGAAAUUCUUCUUUCAAGCAGCGUUGAGCCUGGACCUACAGCACUACGACCAAGCGCUGGAGUAUCAUAGGGGAAAAAUUCUUCUGGAGUUGUUGCCGCGGAGGUUUGUCCUCGGAGAUUUUUCUUUUGCAGUUGCGGUGGAAUUCAGUCUAGAUCUGCAUGGAAAGAACAUCGAGGAGAUGCGCGUGCACGUGCGGCGCAUGAUGUUCACGCGGUUUGCUACAGCUGUGGUCAUGAUUAUAUCGAUCCCAAGUUGUACUAGUACUGCUCACCCCUAGCACUCAUCUAAUCUUUUUCUUUAGACGUCCCAGUGAACAAACUACGAAAACAAAUUCGUUUUCGGCUACUCCAGAUCGUUGUUUUUUCAAGCCCAUAAAGAAAUUUACCACUACUUGCUCGAGGAGCGGUUUUUUGAGUCCAGUUACCUCCUGUCCCAAAUUGCCAUAUGCAUUGCAAAUAUGUCUGGGUCUGGAAGAGAGUAACUUGUCAUGCUACAUCUGGAUCGUGAAAAAAUUUGUGUUGCAUGAUUACCAAAAGUUGUCCACUUUUGAACAAGUUUAGAGGCAAUUUCUGAUGCAGGAAAGGCAUGAUAGAGAUCUCGCAGAAUCUGUCAUGCUAGGCCGUGCGUGCCAGACUGUUUGGGUCAUGGAAAAUCUGCAUGACAAACCCAGCAAUCUUCCAGACCCAGACAUUUUUGCAUUUGAUAUGCCAUCACGCUGUACAACAUGAAAGAGUACGAUGCGAUAUCCUAUGUGAAAACGUCCCCACCCCAUAGUCAAGAUGGGGAUUCGGCUAGACAAAUCCACAAGGUUUGGCUGUUUUGCAUGACAAAUUUCGACUCGUAGUGUAGAGCUGUUUGAGCUAUCUGAGCAGCAUCACAGCUCUAGUAUAUCAUGCUGAUUGGAGCAUGACAAACUCCAAGACACGACUGAAAAAUGCUUCUCAUGGGGCUUCGCAUGACAAACAUUUUCAGCAUGCAAGACUAGCAUGACAACUCUGGGGUGGGGACGUUUUUGAAUACGAUAUGCGAGCCUGGAGAACUUCGAACGCAUGCGCUUACUGGAUCCGCACAAGAUGGAAUCCUUGGACACGUAUUUUUCUAUGUUUUUCAUGAUGUUUCAGGAGUAUCAGGAUCAGUGCAAAAGAACUCAAUAGGAACAAAAAUGGAAAAAAUGCGGGGCAAAUGCAAGGAUAUGAUUAAUACUGCAUCGACAUGAUUACCAUUACCAAACAAAACCAGGUACAGCAACAUCCUUUAUGUAAAGGACAACUCCCCCGCCCUGGGGCACCUGGCGAAGCAAGUGAUCAAGUCUUCCAAAUACACGCCCGAAGCCUGCUGCAUCAUCGGGAAUUUUUUCUCCCUCAAAGGCGAGCACGAAAAAGCGGUGUCCUAUUUUCACCGCGCCCUCCAGAUCAACCGGCAGUUCGUCCCCGGGUACAUUUUGAUGGGCCACGAGUUCAUGGAAAUGAAGAACAGUGCCUUGGCCGUGGAUGCUUACCGACAAGCGUUGCUGAUCAACAAGCGCGAUUACCGGGCUUGGUAUGGGAUCGGCCAAGUGUACGAACUCCUGAACCUGUACAGCUACGCGUGUUACUACUACCUGCAAGCGAUGCGGCUGCGGCCGAAGGACAGCCGCAUGUGGAACGCGCUGGCCGGGUGCUACGAGAAUUUGAACCUGCUGAAACAAGCCAUAACCUGCUUCGAGAGGGCGCACAAGUGCGGGGACAGCGAGAAUUUGGCGCUGCCAAAGUUGGCGAGGCUGCAUGGUAUAUAAAAUUUUUGAGGGCUAGCUACUUUUUUGUUCGCUCGUAUUAUUCUUCACACAGCUAGUAGUACUCACUUUACGUUUACCAUCAACUACAUCUCGAUCGUCCUGCGAGACAAAUGGUUCUUCGCAUGCAAUCUUGUGCAACACAAAUCACCGUACAACAGCCGAAGAUCAAAACUCGGAGUCCAUCGCCGCGGAAUACUACCAGCUUUUGCUUCAAUAUCCCCAAAAGAAACUUAUACUUGAGUGUGUUGCUGCUCACUCUACUCCAUGCAUAAUUGACACGCUGUCCAACAUCAAUCAUGAUUGUCGUCUGGUCUUCACAGCACCAAAAAUGAACCGAAGUAAAGAUGACCUCACUCAAGUGUAGUUUUCUUCCUCACCGAUACGGAAGGCGACGCUUUCACGGGUAUUCCGCAGUCCCUUUCACUAGAAGCCGUGGAGGCGUUGCGGUUUCUGAUGCAGUAUUGCCGCAAAAUCAACAAAAUCCCGGAGUGUGCCGAGUACGCAAAGGCCUUGCUCGAUACCAACGGCCCGGAGCGGGAGGAGGCAAAGUUGGUUUUGCGGGAACUGCAGGAAGAGCAUGGGGGAUACUAGUUGCAGAUAGAAGAAAGAGGACGUUCUUUGCAUAAAGAGAUUUUUUGUAUGAAGUUCACGCUCUAUGUUGAUCUGCGCGAGGAUUCUUGCGGAAGGAGAGGGACGUGGGAUCCGCACGUCCUCAAGGGGAACGAGAAUAAAGAAUAAGCUUGAUGACUCGAAAUGAGCAAAGGCUUGUGAUUUUUGCACGGCGUACGACAUCAGCCUGGUGUCGCG